CGGAUUUGACGAGCUGUUAGCGAACACUGGGCGCUUACAUGAAAAGCUCGUGGAAUUUCAGUGGUACCUUCUUCAUCAGGAAGGAACUGUGUGCUGAAAAUGUUUGCUGGAGCGUCAGCCCAAAACUCUAGAUGUCGCUGUGACAGUCAAAAUCACAUCUGUAGCACCCUUUCACUCCCAUGAUUGAAGCCAGCUGCCAUCGCAGGAUCUGCAUUUGCCAAUCGGGAGUAUCGUGGGCCUGGUAAAUUGACGGUGCGCUCACCUUGCGCACCUAAAUCUUGUCGUACGUAAAAAUUUGCAAGAGUCCAAUCAAUGUCGCAGACCACCUCAGCAUUCGGAUGGAUCUCGGGGGCAGGGACAGAUCGACAUCAGAGACUGGCCGUCAGCGAUAUGGCACUUGUUGUCAAUGGACAUCCGGAAUCAAAUCUUACACCUCGUAAGAGAGCGGCCACCCACCCCAGUCAGUGGUUCCAGAGGUCUGCAAUGAGCGAAACAGACACGAGAGGUUUUUAAAUGAUUGCAUCCGCAACCGUAGAAGGAGGAGGUCGAGGGAAAGAUCCUGGUGAUUGGCACCAGGUUUCUUCGUCCGCACGGGAUUCCUAUCGACUGCACGAGGCCUUGUUUGCUCUUCCAGUCAUCUUCCUGUGUCCUUCCUCAAUUACUCCGAACCCUCUGGGCCUUCCUAAUUCCCUUAGUACUCUGAGGGCGUCGUGAGCUGCUAAGACCGUCCUAGAUGUACAUCAUCAAAAGGAUCUGCGUUUCUCAGUCGCUCAAUCACUGAUUGUACCCGCACGAAAUUCUCGUCCUUUGUGCCCUAUCGUGGUCACCAAGAUACGGAUAAGGAAGCGAAUUAGACGAGAUUCUUUCUGCGGGAGGGAUACGGCCUUACUUUUCUGAUGCAGUUGCGAUGGAAAUUCCGCAUGCAGCAAGCUGUUAUUCUCGGCAUGGCAUGAGAGUAGGAGAUGCUUCUUUUCCUGGAUGAUUCGUAUGCUGCCGACAGGGAAGCCAUCGAGGUUCAUCGCUAACGUGGUUGUUGCAUUGCAAGGCAGUAUGAGGAUUCAAAUGCUCCGUCUGCUUCUUGGGUUCUGCUCGCCCUCAAACGCCUCGACUUUCUACGUCUGGCUGUUGAGCCCGGAUUGGCGAAGAAGAUGUAUUUUAUUGCAGCUGUGAUAUGAUUGGUUUCUCCUGUGCGCGUGAUUCCCGUGCUGAAUCAUUUCGCUUCGCUUCCGGUCGAGCUAGCUGAUCGUUCGUGUACAGCCCAAGCCCCAGCCCAAGCCCAAGCCCAAGACCUUUUGGAUCCUGCGGAGUUCUUGCAGCGGUUGUUGAUGUAGCCUCGAGCUUUCAGAGCUGUCGCGGGCUGUCCACUGUGGCCAGAUCGACGAGUAGCCGAUGUCUGAAAGACAAGCCGAGGAAUGACAAGAAAGCCUUGGAAGUCGGAGACGGUUUCGCUGAUCAGACUGAGUCCGUCCAUGCGGCAUUGAGAGAAAGUUGCCAAGGCGCACGAAGAGAAUUUGGCCUGUCGGCACGGCAAUCGAUUGCCAAGCUUUUGUGGGGGAUUGACGGGGAUGGAAAUCAAAUUGGUCGAGGGAUGGGUGGCUGCUCGGGCCUCAGAAGUAGGGCCAACAGGCGAGCAGCUGAGCACUUCUCACUUUCCCAGCUCGACGACCAAGGGCUGGAUGCAAGCAGAAGUGCCGGGGACGGUUCUGGCCACGCUUCUGAAGAACAAGCAGAUCCCCGAUCCAUUCUAUGGAAUGGAGAAUGAGAACAUUCCGGACAUCGCCGAUGCAGGACGCGAGCACUACACAUUCUGGUUCUGCACGAGCUUCCAGACGCCCACGGGCAAGUUCUCGUCGGUGCACCUCAAGUUCCGGGCCAUCAACUACUCGGCCGAAGUGUACGUGAAUGGACAGCAGAGUCGCCUGCCCGGCGGAAUGUUCAUGCGACACAGCGUGGACAUUUCAUCCUGCGUCAAGGCUCCCGGUGGGCAGAAUUUGCUCGCUGUGAUUGUGCAUCCUCCCGAUCAUCCGGGCGCAGUUCCUCCCGAGGGAGGGCAGGGAGGGAACCACGACAUUGCCAAGGAUGUUGCAGCCCAAUACGUUCUGGGCUGGGACUGGAUGACUCCGAUCCGAGACCGCAACACUGGGCUCUGGGACGAGGUCUCCGUGGCUUUCACGGGGCCUGUGUCCAUCCGGGACCCCCAUCUGGUGACCACAUUCUACGAUCAAUUCCCGAGGAGCUAUCUGGAAUCAUCGGCAGAGCUGGUAAACUCCUCUGCUGCCGAUUUGCAGUGCUCUAUCAGCAUCCAUGUCACUCUGGACCUGCACGACGAAGCGACAGGUGCAGCUGGAGAUGCCGAUGGCGAUGGCGAUGACGGCUUCUGCUCUGUGGAGGGCUUUGCUUCGUCCCAGCUCUCGAUCAAAGCCGGCUCCUCGACCGUCUACACUCUUCCGCCGCUGUUUUUUAACAAGCCUGAGCUCUGGUGGCCGAAUGGCAUGGGCAAGCAGCCUCUGUACAAGGUGGAGAUCACGGUCAGCGUGGAUGGAUACGAGGAGUCUGACGUGUGGAGCCAUCGGAUCGGAUUCCGGCAGAUCGAGACACACAUCGAUCCCGCUACAGGAGGGAGGAAGUUUGUCGUGAAUGGACAGCCGGUGUUCAUCCGGGGAGGGAAUUGGAUCCUGUCUGAUGCUCUGCUUCGGCUGUCCAAAGACAGAUAUGAUACCGAUGUGGGCUUUCAUGCUGACAUGAACAUGAAUAUGAUCCGAGUUUGGGCCGGAGCUCUGGCCGAGAGGCCGGCAUUUUACGAUGCCUGUGAUGAGCGCGGACUUCUAGUAUGGCAAGAGUUUUGGAUCACCGGCGACUGCAAUGGGCGGGGUGUUGAACCCUCGGAGCAGAGCUGGCCUCUAGAUCAUGACUUGUUCUUGCGCUGUGCCAGGGAUACCGUCAAGCUGCUAAGGAAUCAUGCCAGUCUCGCUCUGUGGGUCGGUGGCAACGAGCAGGUCCCGGCUGCGGACAUUAACCAAGCUUUGCAGUAUGAGUUGCGGCUGAAUUCCAGCUUUGGAAGCGACUCUGGGGAGUCCCGAGUCCUGGAAGAGGAUGUCACACAAUUCCUGGAUGGCACUCGCACAUACGUUCAAGGCUCUCUUUGGAGUGGGUUCGGAGAAGGACAGGGAGACUGGUCUGAUGGGCCUUACGGUAUCCAGAACCCGGAAGACUUCUUCGCAGACGAUUACUAUUCUUUCGGCUUCAAUCCUGAGAUCGGCUCCGUGGGAGUCCCCAACGCUGCAACCAUCCGAGCAACCAUGCCUCCCACGGCAUGGGAUCCGCCGACUAUGCAGGAGGUGGAAGGAGGUUACAUCAAGGAUGUGCCGAACAAAACCUGGGACUACCACAAGUAUAUUCCAUAUUGUGAUCCUGAGAAUGACGUCAAGAGUCAGAUAUGCACCUAUGGUAAGUACACCGGUUUGGACGAUUUCUGUGCGAAAGCUCAGCUUGCCAAUUAUGUGCAGUACAAGGCGCUUUUCGAGGGUUGGAAUUCUCGGAUGUGGGAGAAGUAUACUGGUGUUCUGAUCUGGAAGAAUCAGAACCCUUGGCCUGGCCUACGUGGUGGGCUCUAUGAUUUUCUCCUGGAUCAAACGGGAGGAUUUUAUGGUGUUAAGUCAGCUGCUGAGCCGGUACAUGUACAGCUCAAUCUGGGGUCGAGUUUUGUGGAGGUUGCGAACGCUACAUCCGACCGUCUUGCAAAUGCCUGGUUAGAUGCCAGCAUGUGGGACGUGCAAGGCCAGUGCAUAUACAAGGAAACAUCGAAGCAGUUGAUGUUGGAUGCAUUCAAGACGACGAAGCUUUCCCAGAUUCGGUUCAAUAGUAUUACAGAAACGAAGGGAACUUACUUUGUUCUUUUGAAACUCUUCGACGAGUCAGGUCUCCAGGUGUCCAGAAAUUUCUAUUGGCUUCACCCUCAAGGAGGAGACUACUCUCUACUUGGCGCUGACUUUCGAGUGAAAAAGGUUCCGGUUCAGGUCGCUGCUUCUUCGCAACAAAAGGGGGACCUGCUGCAAAUCACUGCUCUAGUGCAGAACAUACCUCCCAGCGAGACAUCACCGAAAGGUUCACUGAGCCAGGGAGUUGACGAUACUUCUGGAAGAGGAGUUGCCUUCUGGCUCCACUUCUCUGUGCUGCAAGGGACUUACGACAAGCACAAGGCCGAUCAACGGCUUCUUCCCGUCACAUACUCUGUCAAUUACUUUUCCUUGGUGCCGGAAGAAUCCCUCACGGUGCAGAUCUCCUUCAAGGUUCCAAAACACAUCACACCUGUUCUUGUCCUAGAGGGUUGGAACGUCCACAGGUUAGAGGUAGACUACAAGGCUAAAUGACCCAGCCACAAAGUAUACGUAGAGGAGAUCCGGGACUCGUGAUCAGGACGAAGUCUUUCGCUAUCUGCACCAGUUAACUACUCAUUAUUGAGCAAUAUCGGACCAUCCGGAUCAACAUCGAGAUGCCCCUGUACAGGUUUAAGGUCAAGAGUCAAGCAUUCACGAUUCGCUGCUUGAAUAUUACUCUGGGAUCUGUGAGUAGUAUCAUGGCAGUGACGUGAAAAUGCAGCUGUUUCCUAGCUCCUUCGGUAGCGUCGUGUAGAGCUGUGUAUCAUGUACAUUAUUGACGGACGUCAAACUCCUGCGUAGCUUCUCAUUCCAUGACAGUGCGGAUGAAUAAAGUUUGUCCGACGGUGGUCCCUUUCAUAACUUCCACAGGGUGGAGCAUAAAUAUGAAAGGUUUACCGUUCAUGA